AUAAGCGUCAACCAAGUGUUUUUCAAACUGGCUUCAUUGAUAAAAUAAUAUUCAAGACCGGAUUAUUUGGAUUACAGUACAUUGGAACAGUCAAAAGGAAAGAGGCAAACAUAUUAUACACGUGUCAUCAGGCGAUCAUGAACUCAUUGUUGUGACUGUGACGACUUGGAACGGAUCAGGACUCUUCUUAAAUUCAGUAGUAAUGCAAGCAGCAGUGAUGGAGGAAUCACAAAUUAACAACAACAACACCACCACCAAUGAUAAUAACAUUGACAACAAUGCGACCACGGCCCCGCCAAUACGCACUUACGAAGAUCUAUUCCCGGCACUAAAGGCCUCAAAACCUCAAAAUCAUAUUAACAAUGCUUCCACAAGCAAGAUGCGUGUUGAAAGUUCAACGGUAUCAAAAACGUUUGUCGUACCAUUCGAAGAGCGUAAAAUUGAUACGGAAAAAUUUGGCGAAGGUGAAUCGCAACGGAUUUGCAAAUCGAUAAUGAAAGACACGGGUGCUCUUAUUGAAAUCACCACCGGCAAAGAUCAAUCGAUUACAUUUUCGAUUCGUGGACGUCAAAAUGAGGUGCAAGAUGCAUUCCGUUUAAUUUCGAUGAAUUAUAAAACGCAAACGGUUAAACAAAUCAAUAUACCAAAAGAGCAUCAUGGUUUGAUAUUGGGCAAGCGCGGUGAACGUUUAAAGGAAAUCGAAAAGCAAUCAGCAACGAAAAUCAAUGUGCCGAGCAUAUCCGAAGAGAGUGACAUUAUUACGAUCAGCGGACCGAAAGAGGGUGUUGAAAAGGCCGAACAUGAAAUUCGUUCAAUGUCCGAUGAACAAUCGAAAAAAGCAUUCGAACGUGUACAUGUGCCGAAAAUUUUCCAUCCAUUCAUUUUGGGACCGUCGAAUGAAAAUCUAAAUGAGAUGGCCGCACAAACUGGUGCCCGUAUCAACGUACCACCGCCAUCCGUGAUGCAAGAUGAAAUAACAAUCACUGGCGAAAAAGAUGGUGUGGCCAAAUCGAAAGCAAUCAUUGAAAGCAUUUAUCGGGAUAUGGAAAAGAAAUGUUCAACGGUAUGCGUUGAAGUGCCAAAAGCCCAGCAUAAAUAUGUAUUUGGUCAACGUGGUUCGACAAUUCAAGAGAUUCUUAGAAAUACUGGCGUUUCGGUUGAGAUUCCAUCAUCGGACACUAAAUCCGAUACCAUCACGUUGCGUGGACCACAAGAAAAAUUGGGCGGUGCAUUGAGUAUGGUUUAUGAAAAGGCCAAUUCAAAGCGUUCAACAAUUAUUGAAGCACCAGCAUGGAUUCAUAAGUACAUCAUUGGUAAAAAAGGUGAACACAUCAAAAAAAUCACCGGCGAUUCAAAUGUGCUGGUCGAUUUCAAGGACAGCAUCAUUACAUUGGAAGGACCACCGGAACAACUUGACUUGGUCGAAACCACAAUUGCUAGAAUUGUUAAAGACUAUGAAACAAAUUUCACAUUUGUCGAUAUGCAGGUCAAUCGUAAUCAUGCCAAACAUAUUAUUGGCAAAGCUGGCGCCAAUAUAACACGAUUGAAGGAGGAACUUAAAGUCGAUAUUAAUAUCGAAGAUGAGGCUGGCGGUAAUAAAAUUCACAUCGAAGGACCCAUCGAAGGUGUGCGCCGUGCACACAAAGAAAUUAAAGAGAAAGUCGAAAAAUUGGACAACGAAAAGGAAAAGGAUGUGAUCAUUGAUUAUCGUUUGCAUAGCACAUUGAUCGGACCGAAAGGUGAAAGCAUUCGUGAAUUGCGCACCAAAUAUCCGCUAGUUAACAUUUUGAUACCGAAUUCAUCGGAGAAGAAUGAUGUGGUUAAACUGCGUGGCCCAAAAGAUGAGGUCGAUAAAUGCCACAAACAAUUGAUGAAAUCGGUUAAAGAUGCUCAAGAAUCGUCAUUCGUUAUGGAAGUGCCAAUUUUCAAAAAAUUCCAUAAAUUCAUUAUCGGCAAGGGUGGUGCAAAUAUAAAAAAAAUUCGCGACGAUACACAAACGAAAAUUGAAUUGCCAGCCGAAGGUGAUAAAAAUGAAGUGAUCGUUAUUUCAGGUCGUAAAGAGAAUGUAAACGAUGCACGUGAACGCAUCCUUAAAAUUCAAUCCGAAUUAGCCGAUGUCAUCACGGAAGAAUUGACCAUUCCACCGAAAUACUAUAAUUCAAUUAUUGGCGCCGGUGGCAAGCUUAUAUCGGCCAUCAUCGAAGAAUGCGGAAAUGUAUCCAUCAAAUUCCCAACCACCGAAUCAAACAGCGACAAAGUUGUCAUUCGCGGACCAAAAGAAGAUGUCGAAAAAGCCAAGCAACAAUUGAUUGAAUUGAGCAAUGAACGACAGCAAUCAUCGUUCACCGCCGAAGUACGUGCCAAGCCCCAGCAUCACAAAUUUUUGAUUGGCAAAAAUGGUGCAUCGAUUAAGGAAAUUCGCGAUCAAACCGGUGCUCGCAUCAUCUUCCCUGGUAAUAACGAUGAAGACAAAGAAGUCAUUACAAUCAUUGGCAAAGAAGAAAAUGUAUUGGCUGCCAAAACUCAACUCGAGGCAAUCAUCAAAAACAACGAUAAUAUCACUGAAGGUGAAGUUUUGGUUGAUCCAAAGCAUCAUAAGCACUUUGUUGCACGUCGCGGUGAAGUAUUGCGUCGCAUUUCAGACGACUACGGCGGUGUUUUAAUUUCCUUCCCUCGUCAAGGCACCGAAAGUCAUCAUGUUUCAUUGAAAGGUUCUAAAGAGUGUGUUGAGCUUGCCAAAAAGCGUAUUUUGGAAAUUGUUCACGAUUUGGAAUCUCAAGUAACAAUUGAUUGCGUUAUUCCUCAAAAGCAUCAUCGUGUUGUGAUGGGUCCGCGCGGUAGCAAGGUUCAACAAAUCACAUACGAACAUGAUGUGCACAUUAAGUUCCCCGAUCGUAACGCAACCGACGAAUCGGGUGAAACAAAUGGUGAUUCGGCUGAAUUGAAUGGUGAAGCUGUGCGUCAAUGCGACAUCAUUCGAAUUUCUGGUACCGAGGAGAAAUGUGAGGCAGCCAAAGCGGCAUUGCUUGAAUUAGUUCCAGUGACAGAAGAGGUGAAUGUUCCAUUUGAUAUUCAUCGUUGGAUAAUCGGUACAAAUGGUCGUGAUGUGCGCGCAUUGAUGAAUCGUUAUGAUGUUCACAUUGAAUUAUCGCCACCUGAAGAGAAAUUAGAUAUAAUUAAAAUUACCGGUGCACCGGCCAGCAUUGCUGAUGCUAAAAAAGCCAUCGAUGAACGUGUCGAAGAGUAUGAAGCGAAUCGUAAAGAUCGUGAAUUACGUUCGUUUGAGCUAAAACUUGAAAUCGAUCCAAUUUGGCAUUCAAAGAUAAUUGGACGAAAGGGUGCCGUUAUUAACAAAAUACGUGCCAAUCAUGGUGUACAAAUUUCGUUUCCACGCAAAGAAGACGAUGUCGAUAACAUAAUUACGAUUCAGGGCUAUGAAGCUGCUGCAAAUGCGGCCAAAGAUGAGAUCAUGAAAAUUUACAAUGAAUUAAAUGAUUUGGUGCGUGAAGUGAUUAAAGUUGAUCCACGCAUUCAUGCCCGUUUGAUUGGUCAACGUGGUCGUAACAUUCAUAAAAUUAUGGACGAAUAUAAAGUGGAAAUUAAAUUCCCAAAACAAGGUGAAAAUCCGGAUGAUAUCACAAUCAUUGGUGCACCAGAUGCGGUUAGCGAGGCCAAGGACCAUAUUCUUAAUUUGGAAGAGGAAUACAUGGAAGACAUUAUCGAUAAUGUUCCAACUCAUACAAAUGAUUUUAGCACCGCAUUGGAAACGGCAAUGCAAAAAGGCCCCGAAAAAAGUAAAGAUGGUUUCGUAGUACAAGGUGCACCAUGGACCAAAAAGGGCAACAAAAAUGCACCAAAUACACAAUCUCAAGAAGAUUUUCCCACAUUUGGCGGACUUGCUCAAAAUGCUGGAGCCAACGUAACGAGCGACGCCCCUUUGUCUUCGGUAUGGGGCCAACCUCGUUAAGUUUCUCAAACGCGUAUUAAAACGCACCAUCAAAACCACCAACACCACCACCACCACUACACCAACGGCAACGAUAUUCUGCCGCCAAUAACAACAACAACAAAUAGUAAAACAGCAACAACAAAAUAUAAACAAGCCUAUAACAACUAAGAAAGAGAAAGAGACAGAUGAAAAUUAAUAUUAACAAGAUGUGAAGAAAAAAACCGCUAAAAACCGAUAUAUAUAUUAUUGCAAUAUAUCUAACUCUUUCCUUUUCUACAUACAAAUUUUUUAAUUGUAAUUUUAUCGCUCAGAGUUAAUCUCGUUUUUUUUCCUAUCGAAAAUGCAAAACGAUUUAUAAUAUUGUAACAAUUUUGUUCAUUUUCUCCAUUUUUUUCGAUAAAAACUAUUAUUAUUUUUUUUAAAAAUGAACCUUGGUCUCUUCGUUAUUCUUCUUUACUCAAAACUAGUAAAAGAAAGAGUGAGAGGAAGAGAUGAGAAAAAAAAA